CCUUGAUCCCCUAACAAAAACAGUCCCACUAGACAGGCUGGAAACCAUAUACGUGCGAACGUUGACAACAGGCUGCGGUAACUUGUACUGUUUAUUUUUGUGCUCACAGUAUUCAAACUAGCUGAAGUAUUUAGCCAAUCCAUUAGGGGAGAUCGUGAGCACAGCCCGCCGUGAGUGUUGACAUCGGUAGGUCUUUUGCAACAGGGCUCUCAUUGGAUCUUGCUUCAACGUUCUGCGCCACAUAUAGUGACAAAGAGACCCCACUAAAAAAAUGCCGUUUUCAAUGAACGGCUUGGUUUGCACGCUGGCUGUGUUGAUCCUGUGGCGGGCAGAGGAGCUAACAGAGGCGUGCAGCUGUGCCCCCGUGCAUCCGCAACAGGCGUUCUGCAACGCGGAUGUGGUGAUCCGGGCCAAGGUGGUGGGCGAACAGGAGCUGGACGCUGGCAACGACAUUUACGGAAACCCCAUCAAACGGAUCCAGUAUGACAUCAAGCAGAUCAAGAUGUUCAAAGGGCCCAGCCGGGACAUCGAGGCUGUUCUCACCGCGCCGGUGUCUGCAGUCUGUGGCGUUACCCUGGAUACCAGCGGAAAGAAGGAGUACCUGAUCUCAGGCAAGGCCGAGAGCGGUGGACGCAUGCAUGUGACCCUGUGUGACUACAUCAUGCUGUGGGACAACAUGAGUCCCACCCAGAAGAAGAGCCUGACUCAGCGCUACCAGAUGGGCUGCGAGUGCAAGAUCGUUCGCUGCCCCACGCUACCCUGUGAGAUCUCUGCUCCGGAGGAGUGUCUGUGGACGGACCUGAUCAUCGAGAAGCAGGUGUACGGUCGCCAGGCCAACCACUACGCCUGCGUCCGGAGGGCCGACAGCUCCUGCUCCUGGUACCGGGGCAUUGCCCCCCCCAAGAAGGAGUUCCUGGACGCUGAGGACCCCUAGUCGUAUGACCUGUCCGUCAGCCCACUGCACCAACUGAAUUCAAACAAAAGAAAACUAAGAAAAAAAGAAGAAUAUAUAUAUGUGUUUAAUGAUUCCAUCAGAAAUGUUAAGGUUAUGGAUAAAACAGGCAGUGAAUUUUAUAAAGGCAACCUUAAAGUGUAGUUGUCACUAAAAUGAGUUGUCGUUCUGAGAACAACUUCUGGUAUCUAGUUUCCUUUGUUUCUGUGGAUCCUAGUCAUUUUUGUCAACAUUAUGAGCGUAGAAAUCCCUUCACUCCAUCGCUAUCCAAUGGGUUUUUAGAAGAACAAAGAUCUCCUUGCUCAACUCACCUCUCUGGUUCUCUAAGGUUUAGACAAGGGAAUUGGAUGUUAUUCUCAGACAUGGCAACACACAUAUGGCUUCAUAUGACAUGGAUUGGUCAAGUGAUGAUGUAAUUCCUUCUGAGGCUGGCGUCAGGAGGUUAUUAAUUCUAAGAGAGACAGAGCACUUCCUGCCCCACGAAGCUCUUAACUUUGCUCUCGCCCCCCCCCCCCCAUUAUAAAUAUCUGAGCUAUGGAAGAUAAUUUGUGACUUGUUGUGUAUUUACUUUAAAUUACCUCAUUCUCCAGUUGUAUUCCAAAGCCAAAUUCCAAGUUGCCUUUUUUUAUGAUUGUCCUCCAUAUUGCUUGUCAAGUCCAAAUCGUAUCAACUGCUUCUCACAUUCUUAUAUUUUUUAGAACCGGUUGGGCCCAACUGAACACUACCACACCACACUGCAGGUUGGGCCGUGUGCUAGAGGUGAACCUUGUAUUGCAUUGGAAAGGAGGAACGCUAGCAUUUGGUUAAUAAUAGUGUUCCUCGUUCGGUCACUAGACCGUUCUGCACAAGAAUCCAGCCUCUACAAGAGUCUUAACGAAGUACAACGUGUAACCACCACAACUUAUAAUGCACAUUGAUCCUUACCACCCUGAAUCUUCCUUCACGUUUAUAUUUCUCUCCACCCUCCCUCCCCGCCCACAUCUUUAUUAUGUAGCUGUACAGUACCUAUGCAUAUACUUUUAUUAGUUGAUCAUUAAUAUCUACUGCGUUAGAACUAUAAUUGCACUUUGUUUGAGGAUGAGUUCCAGUAAUGACGAAGCCUGCGCACUUGCAGGCCAUUUUUGUUAUUCCUGAGAUGGACCUCAGGCGCAGCUUUUGACCCAUAACUACCCAUUUAUUACUCGCUUGUUCUAUUAUGAUUUGUCAUGAAAAGAUGAAGACAAAGGUACCACUUUCUGUAAAACAAAAUGGCAGCACUUGGAAGGUUAUGGUAUAUAAGGGAUAAGAGAGUUGAGAUGUUAUUCAAUGUCUUUGUAUUACCUGUAAACUCUGUAAAAGCCAACUACAAUUUUUUUUUUAAGAUUUGCUGACCUAAUCUUGUGGGGCGAUAUUACUAUGUCGGAACAUGCUCAAUGUUGGCACAAGGCUUUAACGCUUGUUUUAUCCAGUUUCUUCAAUUUAAUGAUACCAAGCUUCAUAGCAGCUCUAGAAAGCAAGUUAGCCAAAUCGAGUUUACAGUGCUGUUUUCUACACCAGGCGACAUAAACCAUGAUUACGAUGGAGUAUUAGGGGCAUAAUUUAAAAAACAUGUAAAAUUCUCAUUUUCUAUUCCUUCAGUGUUCUAUCUGUCAGGAUUCGUGCGUAUCUAGCCGUCGUUGAGACUGAAGAAGAGGAUCUUGCGCUGGUGUAACGUGAGAGUAGGAGCGGUACGUCGCAGUACACACGAGAGUCUAGAAGGUCAAAAAAGUUGGAUAACUUGUGUCAGUAGCGGACUGUGCAUGUGUUUUGUGCUUUGUGUUAGUCCAGGCGAAGGACAUAAAUAUUCAGUAUUAUCAAAUAAAAAAACAAAUGUUUGAAAGAA